GAAUAAUACCCUUAUUUGCAGAUGAUGAAUGAUAUCAACUUUUGCAAAGUGUUGUGGAGAAAUAUUUAAAAAAUGAAACUAAAGAUUUAUUUUCAAAGUAUGAUAUUCCUGUUUGUUAUUCAAGGUUGUUUUUCAGAUUUAUCCUUUACCAAAUGCAAUUGGUCUUUUACUUUUCAACAAUCUAUCACAGCAUUGAAUGGUUCCUGUGUGGAGAUUCCUUGCACUCUGGACUAUCAAUAUGAUUAUAGAGAGUUCAAUAUUAUUUGGUACUUGUUCCAUUUCAUAGACUUCCCAGAAAUUUUUAAUAAGAAUCAGCCCUCAAAAGUGAUAUCAAAAUAUAAAAACCGAACACAUCUAGUUGGAAAACAAGUAAACAAUUGUACGUUGAGGAUCGAUCAUGUGGAAAAACCAGAACGCUAUUAUCCAGGAAUAAGUAAACAAAUUAACUCUUGGUAUUGCAAUAAAAAGAAUCUUGUAUCAGUUAAUAUCAAAGGGACUCCAGAUAAGCCAUUACUACAUGUGCCUGGGAAGAACCUUACAGAAGGAAUUCCUGCUACUAUAUCUUGCUCUGUAAAGCAUACAUGUCCCUCAAAGCCUCCUUCUCUAAAAUGGAACAUGCAUGGCCAGACCAAUGUACAACAUAAAAUUCAUAAAGGAUACUGGGAAGCUGUUUCCAAACUUUCAUUUUAUCCAUCCUAUAAGAAUAAUAACACUCCUCUAAAGUGCACAGCUGUAUAUCCAACUGGACAGGAAACACGUACAGUACAUAACUUAGAAAUUAAAUAUUCACCAAAGAACACAUCAAUCUCAGUAAUUGAAAAUAAGAACAUUAAUGAAGGAGAUAAUGUAAAAUUAAUGUGUAAUAGUCAGGCUAACCCGAAAGUAAAUAAUUAUACAUGGUACAAGGUUGGAAACAUUACAGAUGUCAAAUUGCAGGACCAUAAUAACAUAAUAACUCUAAAGAAUGUGAGCCGUGACAACAACAAGUAUUACUGCUCUGCCAUGAAUGAACUUGGGAAAGGAGAUUCCAAAAUAAUAGAACUUCCUGUAGAAUCAUCAUCCAAGAAAAAUAUGUACAUCUUUGUGACAUCUGGAAUAAUCUGUCUUCUUCUUCUUCUUCUCCUUGGCCUUUUCUUUUAUUGGAGGAAGAAAAAACAUUUUGCACAGCAUUCUAAUAAGACCAUAAACAUGAAGGGUGUAAAAUCAAUGGAUGCUACAUAUACUGAACUUUUGCACAGAGGCACAGCUAAUGAAUAUGAUGAACUGAAGGUUUUUGCACAGUUUUAUCUGUUUUUACUGCAUCAAACUGGGUGACAACUUCACUGCACAGAAUUCACUAUAUCAUUUUGGACACUUAUUGAUUAACUUUUGAAAGACUAAUUUUUUGCUUCACCUGUUUGAGGAUUUCCACAUUUUUGCGAAGUUACUUAUAUUUUCUCCACAUUUUUUCUAACUUUUUCCAUUUUUUAACAACCAGUGAUCACAUUGUUUUUCACAUUUUUAAGUUUAUAUUUCUAUUUCUAUUUUUAUUUUUUUAAGCACAGGACACACACUAUUUUGGAAUUUUUCAGAAUUGGAUAUAGAUAUAGACACUUUCUUCUUGUCACACUGUUAUCUGUUUGGACAAAUACAAUUAUAAGAACACUCAUCGAUAUCCGGACUGUACCAUAGAGUACCACCCAUACUAAGAUACUUGGCCUAUCAGGUCAUUCAUUGUCAAAUGUUUUUAGGUGCACCAGGUCAUUUCUAUUUUUAUUUUUAUUCUGAUUUUAUGUCAUUUUCAAUAUUUCAUUAUUGUAACAUGGAUCCAUGAUUGUUUAUGAAUGUGUAUUACUUUUUGACUGUAUUUUUUAGAAGA